ACACACACACAAACGCUACCGAAAGCAAAACCUUCUAGGGAGGGUAAUAAAACGGUUAACUAUUAGCUUUGUGAUAGCUUCAGAACAUUAACUUGUACGGUAGGGCGCGUGGAUAACAGCCGGAGGUGGAUGAGUACUAGGCCAAAGUUAAUCAGGGCACAAUCUCCGGAAACAAGUAACGUUUAGUCAGCAUUAUGCAAUAAUUCAACUAACCGUAACAAACUAAGUUUACAUGCCUUACUGAAGAACACGUAAUGUUGAGGAUUAAGAAUUAUUAUGCAAGACACAGCAUUGUGCCAUGGAUGUGUUCGUAUCUCAGAGUUAACGUUACACGGUGUUUACAGAUCAACACCGAUUCCAACAAAGACUCGGUGGCCUUCCGCUUGUGCGCACAGGUGUCGUGCGCAGACCGUAGAAAGGGCCCAGAAAGGUUUCUCGGACUGAGUGCCUUGUGUAAACAUUUCCGUGUUUCACUAGCGAGGAGGAACACACGGAUUUCAAAGUACCAUGGACUCUUUUGUGGCCGUCUGCACGUUACUCCUAAUCGUUCAGCAUUUACCACCAGGGGAAUGUACAACCUGGUUGUGCGACUUUGAGACCAGUGACCUGUGCGGGCACACGCAAGACCCCACAGAUGACCUGGACUGGACCCGUCAUGCCGGAGGAACACCUACCCCUAACACUGGGCCGUCAGUUGACCAUACUCUGGGCACAGGUCAUUACAUGUACCUGGAGACAUCAACAGGUAGCCCAGGUGAAGUUGCUCGCCUUGUCUCCGCGCAAUUCCCCGCUAGCAGUGCUCCUUACUGCCUGAGGUUCUACUACCACAUGUUCGGGAGCAGCAUAGCGACCCUAAAUGUGUACAUCAGGAAGCAAGGCAUCCUGGGAACCCCAGUUUGGACACUAAGCGGUAACCAAGGAAACGCCUGGACGUUAGGACGUGCGCAGCUGGACGGAAGCAGCAGCUUCAACGUCAUCUUCGAGGCCGUUCGCGGAGACAGCUUCAGAGGAGACAUCGCUAUCGAUGACGUCACUGUCAGCAAUGAAUGUGAGCCCAUUGUAACAACAGUUCUGCCAACGACAACACCAUAUCCACUGGCUUCUCCAUCCUGUACAUUUGAACUGUCGUCAAUAUGUGGGUACCGACAGGACAUUCACGACUCGGCUGAGUGGACGUGGCAUCAAGGGCAUACCGGUACCUCAGAUACAGGGCCUGGCUUUGACCAGACGUUGGGCACAGCAAUAGGGCACUACAUGUACUUCGAGGCUUCCAGCAUCGACCCAGGAGUGACAGCACGCCUGUUGUCUCCUACACUUCCCAUCAUCCCCUCGCCUUCAAGCCACACCAGCUACUGCGUGACGUUCUGGUACCACAUGUACGGCAUCCACAUCGGCACUCUUAACGUCAACAGGAAAGAGAGAGGCGGCACCGAAGCCCCCAUAUGGAGCCUCUCCGAUGACCAGGGCAAUGUCUGGCGACAAGGGCAGCUUCCUCUUGACGGCACCUCGGAAUCUACGGUGGUGUUUGAAGCAGUUCGCGGCAGCAGCUACAGGGGAGACAUCGCCAUAGAUGAUGUUGACGUGAGUCAAUAUGGAGGACAAUGUGAAUUUAUACCUGCCUCUGCCAUGGUGCCUUUGCCUUCAACACCAUCCACCACCACCCAAUCGUCCAGUACAAGUGCCAACCCCUCAACGUCAGCGACGCUGCCCGCAGCAGAGCAAUCGUCCACAACGAUGUCGCCAGAGGCUUCUUCAGCAAUCGUCACCGUCGCAACAUCGUCAACAACUGGUAUCAUUUCGAUACCUGCAACUGUACCAUCAACCUCCACCACCACCACCCAAUCCCGCAGUAUAGGUUCCUACCACCCAACAUCAGAGACGCUGCCCGCAGUAACAACAGAAGAGCAAUCGUCUACGGCAACGGCGACAGAAACACCAUCGGAAGCCGCCACAAUUGGGACACGGCCAUCUUCGACAACCGAUAGACCGACCACAUUGGAGACUGGUUCAUCCACGAAUGGCGUGAAAACUACAGCAGCGCGAACGUCCACAACAAUGUCAACAGAAGCAUCAACAGUUGUCAGCAUAGGGACACAACGGCCAUCUUCGACAAUCGAUAGACUGACGACAUUGCAAACAGUCUCAUCCACGAAUGGCGUGAAAACUACUGCAGCACGGUCCUCCACAACAACGUCGACAGAAGCGUCGUCAACAGCCGCCACCAUCGGGACACGGCCAUCUUCGACAACCGAUAGACCGACCACAUCAGAGACUGGUUCAUCCACGAAUGGCGUGAAAACUACAGCAGCUCGGUCCUCCACAAUAAUGUCAACAGAAGCAUUGUCGACAGCCGACACCAUCGGAACACGGCCAUUUUCGACAACAGAUAGACCGACAACAUCGUCAUUGCUGACUGGUGCAUCCACGAAUGGCGUGAAAGCUACAGCGGCGCGUACCCCCACAACAACGUCAACAGAAGCAUCGUCGACAGUCGUCACCAUCGGGACACGGCCAUCUUCGACAACCGAUAGACCGACAACAUCCACGAAUGGCGUGACAACUACAGCAGCGCGAACGUCCACAACAAUGUCAACAGAAGCGUCAUUGGCAAUCAUCACCAUCGGGACACAACGACCCUCUUUGACAACAGAUAAAGCGACCACAUUAAUGACUGAUUCAUCCACGAAUGGCGCGAAAACAACAGCAACGCGGACCUUCACAACAACGUCAACAGAAACGUCAUCGGCAAUCACCACCAUCGGAACACGUCCAUCUCCGACAACCGAUAGACUGACCACAUUGGAGACAGUCUCAUUCACGAAUGGUGUGAAAAAUACAGCAGCGCGGACCUCAACAACAAUGUCAACAGAAGCAUCGUCGACAAUCACCACCAUCGGAACACGACCAUCUUCGACAACAGAUAGACGGACCACAUUGGAGACAGUCUCAUCCAGGAAUGGCGUGACAACGUCAACAGAAGCGUCAUCGACAAUCAUCACCAUCUUGACAGGACAAUCGUGGACAAGUGGCCGGUCACGGCCGUCACCAACUAUAGUGGCGACUGAUUCACCGCCUCCAGUCGCGAAGACAGAGAGAACAACUACAAAGUCUGUUAGGCCAAUGAAGACAAGUUCCACGCAGUCAUCUCGCAUCACUGGAAUCGGAGCCACAGCAGGAAAUCUUUCGGCUGGACAAACCAACAACUCUGGCAUGACUAGCACCAUAGCGUUGGCGGUAGCACUGAGUCUGGUCUGCGGGGUGGCGGCAGGGGUUGUUGCUACUAUGUGCUAUAAAAAGAGGAAAAGAAGUCGAUCCGGACACGCAAAGGUAAAGUACGUUACUGAGGAAAACAAUUCGGCAUCUGCUGCUGACUCCUUCGCCAGUGUCGUCAAUGGAAAGAUCGUCUUUGAGAACCCCACAUUCGAACACAUCUACGAGGAGUUACCUAACGUGGUGGUAAACAGUACAGCGUCACGAGAAGAACAAGAAGCUCUGUCAGGUAUUCCAUCUUCUGAAGCCGAAGUCUACGCAGCAAUAGACGACGAUGAAGUUUGCGGGGCAAAAGCUUCAACACAGAAACCCGUGCCAACUACUAAGGGCGACGGACACAUUUCUUCAUCAGCUAGAGCCAAAGGAUUGUUCUCAUCCCCAGGCCAGGUGGACCAAACAGAACGACGUUAUGGCUGGGAGGCAGAGAGCGAAGACUAUACCGAAAUUAAUGACGACGACGUUUUGGGGGCGAAAGCUUCAUCACUGCAACCCGCACCAACUUCUAAAGAGAACGGACACACCAGAGGAUACCAACGAGGUAGUUGGGUGGGAGAGAACGAAGUCUAUAUGGAAAUAAAAGACGACGAAGUUUGCUGGACAAAGUCAAAGGUUUCAUCACAGCAUCCCAUGGCGACCAGUAUGAACGGUGGCCACAUUUCUUUUUCAGAUUGGGAGGCAGAGAGCGACUAUCUUCCACCAAUAUCUGAUCCAACUGGGCACGGACUGAACCUGAACGAUAUGGCGAGCAAUGAUGAAGGUCGUCAGCCGGGUUUAAACCCAUCUGCACAUUACCAAAGCCUUCGGCCUGAUCAUUACCAAAGCCUUCUUCACAGCCACUACCAAAAUUCGAAUAUCCAUGAGCAUGCGCAAAACCCGGACGGGUACCAGAGUCUUCGCAAUAUCCAUUACCAAAAGCUGAACGGCCCAACGUCUUCACAGGACGAUCCUCCUCCUUCAGACAUUAAAAGCUGAACUGGAAAUGUGCAGUUUGAUGACUAGUCUGAUAGUCGUGCGACAUAAUAAGGGACGGACUUACUGAAGCCAAUGUUUGCAAAAUAAAGCAGGGAAUGUUUCAAACUGAUUUGCAUUUAUGAGAAGAUUCAUCACGUUCGUUGCAUUUGGUCUAACUUUUGAGGUAAAAGCUACUCUUCUGUUACCAACUAUAACAUUCAUCAUAGCCACUAGCCUGGUUACCAAACCCCAGCCCGAUGUCAAGUACUAUCGUGCACCGGUCUGGCAGGAUGACAUAGGAACUCAAUUUUGCCCCUUCUAGUGGGCAAAAAACUCCACCAAUAGAACAGCAGCAGGAUCAGCAGGAGGUAAUUACACCCUACCAUGAUUGGUUAAAGACC